AUGUCGGCCCUCAGGGCAGCGGCCUUGGCGGCUCCCACCGCCAGGAUCCUCAACGUGGUCGACGAUGUAUCGUGCCGUGCGACUGGGCCGCGCACCAUGGUAGCCCAGCAGCUGGCCGCUGCCUAUCGCGCCUUCUGCGCCAAGAUGGAGGGGGCCAGCCUGCCACUCAGCAGGAACAUGACCAAGGCGCUGGCUACCAGCAGCAAGCUGCGCGACGCCCUCAGGAACCAGCUAGGCUGGGACCUCGCGGAGGGCGACUUCGUGGGCGUGCGCAGGGACCUGGGCGGCAACGCCGUGUCGGGUCGCUGGAAGCGGGCACCCCUGACGAUCGUCACCAAAACGGCGCUGAUGGUCUACGUCGAGAUGCUCCCCGAGGCGGCAGCCCGCUCUUGCCUCGCCGUCGGCCUGAGCAACGCCGAGAGGAUGCACUCCUGGCGCCUGGUGGAGGAACCGAUCAGCGCCGUGGUGCUCGCGGUCGAGCGGGACUGCCGACGAGCCAUGGGGCUUGAGGAGGUGAAGCGGCGCAGCUCCAGCAUGUGGGGCUGGGGGGUCCCACCCUUCUGGCAGCCGAUCCUUGACCUGGUCAGCCACCGCUCUGAGGUGUGGGACCUGUGCCACCAGAGGGCGCUGCGGUGCCUCAUCCAGAACACCUACUGGUGCCAGGCCAGGGUCGGAGCGGGGGGCCCCUCCUUCCCGAAGAGCUGCCAGCUCUGCGACCACCCAGUCGGCCCCCUCUUCCACAGGCGGUUCAGGUGCGAGGCUCACGAUGGCUGGGGGCGCGAGUUUCUGGAGCCGCUGCUGCGGGACGCGGCUGCACGAGUCGAGCUCAUGGGCCACCCUGUCACGGAGCUGUUCGCUAGGGGCUGUUUCCCGACGUCUCCGAGCUGGUCCAGAGAAGGGCUCGAUCAGAGCUACCCGAGCCUGAGGGGGGCUGGCUGGUCCAUCAUCGUCUUUAACAAGCACCGCAGGCUGGUCGCUGAGGCGUGGGGCUCGGUCCCGCUGUCGGAAGGGCCCGAGCAGCUGGCCAGAGGCGGAGAGGACUGCGCGGUGAAGGUCCUCACCGACACCAUUGCUGGGGGCUCCUUCAAGCUCUACUGCGACUGCCUUGCGACGGUGCGUCACGCUGUCAAUCCUCUGGCGGCGGCAGCGGCGGGCAGCCCGCGAGCCCGCCUCUGGGCUGGGCGGGCGGAGAUGCCCAAGGACGCGGAGGUCAUCAAAGUCAGGGCCCGCCUGGGGCAGCAGGCAGUCGGGGGCGGGCUGCUCGCGCAGUUCGAGCUCGAUGGCAACGCUUUGGCCGGCGCCCGAGCUGAAGAACGCGCCUCUGCGGUCCGAGCGGACUGCAACGACGUCUACUGCAUCGAGGGCUGCCUUUUCAUCGCCCGCCUCGCGGCGAGGCGCGCGGCGGCGCAGGAGGUGCGCGUCGCAGCGUCGGGCCUCCGCGACUCCAUGGGGGUCGAGGCCCUGGAGAUCAUUGGCCUGGGCGAGUGGCCCGUCGAUCUUGCCGAGGCCUGUGAGGAGGAUGCGGCCCCGUCGGCUAGCGCGGGCCCCGCUUGCACAGGGGAGGUCCACUGCUUGGCCUAG